GCAGCGGAGCGCGCCAUAACGCAGUUGACAGAUAUACCUACAAUAAUAUUAACGUAAAUACCUAUAUCUAUUUCAUUUUGUGCGGAUACAAUGACUGCCGAACCAGUUUUGUGACGUAGGCAGCCAGUUUCACCGGCCGGCUCAGAAACGCGUGGUUUAUUCUGCAAAUAACCUACAACCAAAGUGACCUGUCAGGUUUGCAAUAUCAAGAUGUCGCUUCUAAUAGGAAGUAUUUGGAGAGCACAGAUGGCUGGAUUUUCUCGUUACACACGGUGCCAUUCGAGUCUACCGCUUAUGUAUUCCGAGGAGGUGCGCCGAGCAAAGGUCACCGGAACACCGAUAGUUGCAUUAGAAUCGACAAUUAUCACACACGGGAUGCCUUAUCCGAAGAAUUUAGAGACAGCUCGUGAGGUCGAAGACAUUAUUCGGAAAAGGGGUGCUACGCCGGCAACGGUUGCUAUUCUGAAAGGACAGUUAACAGUUGGUCUAACAAAUGAACAACUGGAAUAUCUCGCUCAUGCCAAAGGGGUUGUCAAAGCAUCUAGACGGGAUCUGGCGCCUGUAAUAGCUGCGAAGCAAGAUGGCGCGACAACUGUAGCUGGGACCAUCAUAGCCGCAGAAUUAGCCGAUAUACCAAUAUUUGUUACCGGUGGCAUAGGUGGUGUACAUCGCGAAGGGGAGGUCACGAUGGAUGUUUCGGCAGAUCUCACAGAAUUGGGGCGCAGCAAGACUCUAGUCGUAUGCAGUGGUGUCAAGUCAAUCCUAGACAUUGGACGAACUCUUGAGUUCUUGGAAACUCAAGGGGUGACCGUGUGUUCUUUUGGCGAGUCCAACGAUUUCCCAGCGUUUUACACUACGCGAUCCGGAUACCGUGCGCCGAACCGCGCGUCGGAUGCUCUACACGCAGCGCAAAUAUUGUACGCAGCGCACAAUAUACAUCUGUCAUCCGGUAUAGUUAUUGCUGUACCAGUGCCUGAAGAAUAUGCUAUGAAUAGUGGCAUCAUUGAGACUGCAAUAAAGAACGCACUAGUUGACGCUAAUAAGCAAGAUAUUAGAGGCAAAGAAGUGACUCCAUUCCUUUUGGCCGCAGUAUCGGCAGCAACGGGUGGGGCUUCCCUUGAUGCCAACAUCGCGCUCAUAAAGAACAACGCUAAAGUCGGCGCCGAUAUUGCCGUCCAAUUUCAAAAACUGAGGAAUGUUGACAAUUUAGAGAACGCUUUUAAUAUCGGGUUCUCAAAGAGCCCGGGGAAAUGUACGACAAAUUCUUCGAGACGGUUCCAUACUUCGUGCGCCAUGCGUAUCAAAGGAGAAGAAAAUAUGAUAAAUAAUGAUUCGGAAGGCGACGUGCUCGUUAUCGGUGGAGCCAACGUCGACAGGACGUAUAGAGUCACAGAAGAAUCCUUUCAGCUGGAUGGAAGCACCCACCCAUGCAAGACGGAGCAAUGUGGCGGCGGCGUUGGUCGGAACAUCGCAGAAGCACUGUGGAGGUUGCGUGAUGGUCGUGUGCGUCUUCUUACCGCGAUCGGUGACGACGCUGAUGGGAAAUACAUAGAAAAUAUUGCACCAGGUUUAAUCCUAAAUGAUUGCGUAGUGAAAUCUGCACGAACAGCAAAGUACGCAGCAGUCUUCGAUGGGAAAGGGGAGUGUCUUCUUGGUCUUGGAGAUAUGGAUAUUCAUAGCCAAAUUUCUAUUAAACUCGUAAACCGACAUAUCGAUUUGUUAAAAAACGCACCGCUGGUUGUCAUGGAUGGGAAUAUACCACAAGCCACAAUGGACUACAUUCUUGGCUUAUGUCAAGAAUAUAAAAAGCCGGUUUUUUUUGAACCAACGGACAGAAGAAAAGCUAUAAAACCAUUUUAUGGGCAACACAUCAUAACAUACGCCUCGCCCAAUUUGAUGGAACUCCGAGCUAUGGCAAGUGUUAUUAAACCUGAUAUAAAUAAUAUCAAAGAAAAUGAAUUGGAUGAAAUUAUUAAACUUUCUGAAAUUGUAUUGAACUUUGUAAGAGUGCUAAUAAUAACAAGAGGAUCUAAAGGCGUUGUUACAACUAAACUUAUGAAUGAUACAUUAGAGCCGUAUCUUAAGAAAUUGGAUGUACAAGUGUAUUCCACAGCCAUUUUAAAUACUGUAGAAAACGUUUCAGGUGCGGGAGAUUGUUUUGCAAGUGGUUUUAUACAUGGUAUUCUCCAAAACUUAAAAGAAUCCCAAAGUAUUUCUAUUGGAUUUGAAACUGCAAAACAAGCACUACUUAGCAAAGAAACUGUCCCUUUGAAAUUUAAUAGCAUAACAAAUUCUAAAAACAUUGGUACGUAACUCAAAUCAGAUAUGACUAUACACUUGAUACGAUGAUGAUAUUAAAUAAAAAUAUUUUGAACUCGAUUUAAAAUGAACAGUUUAUGGAAUCAGAAGGAAAUACAAAAAUCAAGCUGAAGUGCAGAACAAGCUAUAUUGAGAGGUAUUGUAAUACCGCAAGCGUUAUAACAAUAUGUUGUCGUCAAGAUUACAGUGCUUGCGUUAGGAAAGGCUGGAAAAGAAUAAUGGAAAGGAGACUCAAAAGUCUAAAGGACAAAUCUCAGAAUCAGAACCUGAGCUACCAAAUCAGAUAAAAACCUCUAUUGUACAGGACACAGGACACUGGAUAAAAACCAGUGAGCUUACAAUGAUAACAUAAUAAAUCAAUGAUAAAAACAGACUGGUUGUUACCGCGGAAUGAAGAUGCAAACACUCUGUCACUAUGGUGUCUUGCGCUAUGAUUUCAAACUGUUCAAAUGAAUUAGUUAUGUAUUGUUUUCCUGAGAUACCUACAGGACCUAAUGUUUUCUAUGAUUUCUUUAUUAUUUCACCAGUUAUGUCAUCUUUUCAGUACUUCCUAGUGUACAAUUCUCUAUAAUAUACAGAAAUAUUGAAAUGUAAUUUAUACAGUUUGUGAAAAAAAAA